UGACGGUGGUGUGGGCGGUGUCAAGAUGGCGACGCCCGAGGAGGUGAGGAUACGGCGGCACGGGUGGCUGGGACUGUGAGGACGGCGGCGGAGUGGCGACUUCUACGCUGUAGGUUGGAGGCUGUGGAGGGUGGCUGAACGCCAUCUCCCAGGCUAGCGAGUGACCUGCAGUGGAGUUCCCUCCUUGCAGCUGGAGAACGGAGGGAGAAGGUUGCUGUCGGGGUGAAGGUGCCGCCCUCAGCUUGGCGGUGCUGAGGGGCCCAAAGUCAAAGGCCUCCCUAGGCACCCCGGCUUUCCCGGAGCCCCACAUUUAGAGACAUGACCCGAGAGUGCUCACCCCCGGCCCCCACCCCGACCGGGACGCCGCUGAGUGGGUCGGUGCUGGCAGAGGCGGCAGUGGUGUUCGCAGUGGUGCUGAGCAUCCACGCAGCCGUGUGGGACCGAUACUCGUGGUGCGCCGUGGCGCUCGCGGUGCAGGCCUUCUACGUCCAAUACAAGUGGGACCGGCUGCUACAGCAGGGAAGCGCCGUCUUCCAGUUUCGAAUGUCUGCAAACAGUGGUCUACUGCCCGCCUCCAUGGUCAUGCCUCUGCUUGGACUAGUCAUGAAGGAGCGUUGCCAGGCUGCGGGGAAUCCGUUCUUCGAGCGUUUUGGCAUUGUGGUGGCAGCCACUGGCAUGGCAGUAGCCCUCUUCUCAUCAGUGUUGGCGCUGGGCAUCACUCGCCCGGUGCCAACCAACACUUGUGUCAUCUCGGGUUUGGCCGGAGGUGUUAUCAUUUAUAUCAUGAAACACUCCUUGAGUGUGGGCGAAGUGAUUGAGGUCUUGGAAGUCCUGCUAAUCUUUGUUUAUCUCAACAUGAUCCUGCUGUACCUGCUGCCCCGCUGCUUCACUCCUGGUGAGGCGCUGCUAGUAUUGGGUGGCAUUAGCUUUGUUCUCAACCAGCUCAUCAAGCGCUCUCUGACUGUGGUGGAAAGCCAGGGGGACCCAGUGGACUUCUUCCUACUGGUGGUCGUGGUAGGGAUGGUGCUCAUGGGCAUCUUCUUCAGCACCCUCUUUGUCUUCAUGGACUCGGGCACCUGGGCCUCCUCCAUCUUUUUCCACCUCAUGACCUGUGUACUGGGCCUUGGUGUGGUCCUGCCCUGGCUGCACCGGCUCAUCCGCAGGAACCCCCUGCUUUGGCUUCUUCAAUUCCUCUUCCAGACAGACACCCGCAUCUACCUCCUAGCCUAUUGGUCUCUGCUGGCCACCUUGGCCUGCCUGGUGGUGCUCUACCAGAAUGCCAAGCGGUCAUCUUCCGAGUCCAAGAAGCACCAGGCCCCCACCAUUGCCCGAAAGUAUUUCCAUUUCAUUGUUGUAGCCACCUACGUCCCAGGUAUCAUCUUUGACCGGCCACUGCUCUAUGUGGCUGCCACUGUAUGUCUAGCAGUCUUCAUCUUCCUGGAGUACGUACGCUACUUCCGCAUCAAGCCCCUGGGUCACACUCUGCGGAGCCUCCUGUCCCUCUUCCUGGAUGAACGAGAUAGCGGACCACUCAUUCUAACACACAUGUACCUGCUCCUGGGCAUGUCUCUUCCAAUUUGGCUGGUCCCUAGACCCUGCACACAGAAGGGUAGCCUCGGGGGAGCCAGGGCCCUUGUCCCCUAUGCUGGUGUCCUGGCUGUGGGUGUGGGUGAUACUGUGGCCUCCAUCUUUGGCAGCACCAUGGGUGAGAUCCACUGGCCUGGAACCAAAAAGACUUUUGAGGGGACCAUGAUGUCUAUAUUUGCACAGAUCAUUUCUGUAGCGUUAAUUUUAAUCUUUGACAGUGGAGUGGACCUAAACUAUAGUUACGCUUGGAUUUUGGGGUCCAUCAGCACUGUGUCUCUUCUAGAAGCGUACACUACACAGAUAGACAAUCUCCUUUUGCCUCUCUACCUCCUGAUACUGCUGAUGGCCUAGCUGUUGAACAGCAGCAGUGAUGGAAGAAGCAGGGACGUGGGACACGGGGAGGAUGAAUGGUCCCCACAGCAGUUAGCCACUUGGGCAUGAAGAGCCACGCGGUGAAAAACAGAUUUGGUUUUUCAGUUGAUUCAGAUUUAAAAUAAAAAAGCAAACCUCUCCU